CUACAUCAUUAAUUAGCACAAUGGCCAUAACUUCACCAUUCAAGAAGUUGUCACAUUCCCGUGAGAAUUCAAAGGAUGAAUCUUCAUCAGCUUCACCAAAUAGAAGUCAACAGCAUGCUCGCAAAAGUUCGAAAAAUACCAAUUUACCCAUCAGCCAGAGAACUAGUCAAGGUGCACCAAGUACGAAUCUCCACAAGAAAUCAAAUACAGUUACAAGUGUCAAUUCAACUUCAUCCAUCAAUUCCGCUUCAUUAGCUCAACAGUAUGAAAGUGAUAAACAAAGACUAGUCAAAUAUUGUUUCUCAAAACACGACCCAGACGGUACUCUAACGGAAAGUUAUAUCACCCAUGUUCGUUUAAUUGAAGAUUCAGCCUAUCCCUCAUCAAAACCUCCAGCUUCGUCUGCUCCAAAGAACAAAAAACAUCGUAUAUUGGUACUGGCGGUAUUGAGAGAUGGAACUGUUAGACUUCACAAAGGAAGAGAAAAUCCGAAUGGCUCUUUCCAAAUUGGUAGAACUUGGAGUAUAACUGAGUUAUCAACAAUUGUUAGAGAACCUUCAAGUGAAUCUGGAUUUGCUGUUAAAUUGGGUAAAAACUACUAUUGGGAAACAAAUUCUCCUAGAGAAAGACAAGUUUUCAUUACAAGUUUGGUUAGAAUAUAUAGAAAGUUCACUAAAGGUUUCGUUCCAAUUUUGAUCAAUUGGGAUCUCAGCUUGUUUGGGUUAGAUGAAGAAUCCUAUAACACAUUUGUUGACAAGAAAUGGACUGAAAGAAAACAAUCAACUGCUUCAACAACUUCUCUUCCAAAACCUGCUACCCAACCACAGCAGCAGCCAGUACAGGAAUCUGCUAAGGAUGUUCCAGCGUUCCAAUCGCCAAAACGAACAACUGAGAGAUCAGAAUACAAGUCCUUAUCACCUCCAAAGAAAGAGUUGAAGUCAUUUGCUGAGCAAAAACAAAAUUAUACCUCUGAUUCAAGCAUUCCAACUCUGAGCUCUAAAAGACCUUCUGCGCAGGCACCUACAAAGACCAUCAGAAGCAUCAUCUGCCAGAAAACUUUCAAAACCACAGCUAGUCCCAAGUGCAACAACAAAUUCAUCAUCUUCAUUGUCUGGGAAAGAUCCCUCUUUGUUACCUGCAUUCUCCACUGCGCAAUCACAUCCACCAACUACUACAUCAAGUUCAAGCUCUAGCUCUGUUCCAAAACAGCCAAUUCCUCCAGUUCCACAAAUUGAUGCAGAGCCGUCAACAACUGGUGAAUUUAGCGAUGAAAUUACAAAACAAUUGGACUCCAUGGGGUUGAAUGAUACUACACAAAGAGCUGAUAUAGAUGAAACUUCAUUGAAGAAAGGGAUUUCCCAUGACUCUAGUUUAUUAGCUCCUUCAUCCACGGAAAGUGCUUCCAGAUCUUUGAAAAAUGUUGAAAUUGUUGCUCAUAGAAAAUCAAUGCAAGAGUUUGAGCAAGAGCAAGACCAAAGUGAAGAUGAAGAAGAUGAUGAUGACGAUAUUACUGAUAUGUAUCAAGAUGCCUUUGAAGAGGAGAGUCAAGAUGAUUCAAUUCAACCUGAACCAUUUCCUGAGGUUGAAAAACAAGUUACACCUGAUGAAUCAUAUGAAAAUUCGUUUGAUUUGAAUAAUCACUCUGAAGAACAAA